AUGGGCAUAGAGACGUGGAAGACAUUCCCAAAGCUCCUCACGGAGUACCCGAAACACGGUGUGCCGCUGCCGUGCUCCGACCAAAACCCCCGGCUGCGGUGCCCCGAGACGCGCUGGGCCCGCGACUUCUGCCUGGCCCAAGGCGGCAGCUGCGAGUACAAGAUAGAGGCCCACUUUGACUGCCUGGAGCAGUACUACCCAAAGGAAAAGGUGCUGGAGCUGCGCAAGGCAUUCAAGCCCAACACGCUCGACUACCCAACUAGCGACACCUACAUCCGCUACCGGCACUUCUACAUUGGGGCCCCCUGGUCGGGGGGCAAGUACGGCUGGGAGGGAACAAUGUAG